AUGUCUCAGCUCAGUCAGGAGUCAGACAGUUCCGUUAGAAUUGCCGUUACUACUACUGACAUGUCGACGACUCGGCACAACGGUCAACUACCUACCUACGUAGAGAGAUUAAUAUUGACUACUGUUCUCCCAGCUGAGACACUCUACAUUGACAACAUGUCUGUCCCUGCCCAGCCGUCAGAGGCAGCACCGCCAUAUGUCGUCGCCGAUGCCUUCCUCGAGGCUCUGGCCGAGGCCGGCGUCGACUACCUGUUUACCGUCCUGGGCUCCGACCACCCCAGUAUCAUCGAGGCCUACGUGCGAAGACAGAAAGUCCUGAAGCGGGAAUUCCCCCGCAUGGUCCUGUUUCAGCAUGAAUUUGCGGCCAUGUCUGCUGCCGACGGCUACGCGCGAAUCACCCACCGGCCAGCCUGCGUCAUUGCCCAUGUCGACGUUGGCACCGCCGCCCUGGGUCAGGGUCUGCAUAACGCCUCCAGUGGGCGUGCCCCUGUCAUCAUCUUUGCCGGUGUGGCGCCAUCAACCCUGCACGGUGAGGCUGUCGGCUCUCGAUCCGAGCAUGUCCAGUGGUAUCAGGACGUUCCGAACCAGGCCGCCCUGGUUGUGCCCUACAGCCGGUACAGUGCCGAGAUCAAGUCCGCCCAGCAUGUCCAGACCGUUGUCCAUCGGGCCGUGCUGAUGGCCACCACCGGUUCUCCGGGCCCUGUCUACCUGACGGCCACCCGGGAGAUUCUGGCCCAGCCGAUCGACUCCCUGGAGCCUCGUCCAAGGCCCAUUCCAUCAUGCAGACUGGGAGGUCUCCCUCCAGACGCCGUUGAACUGAUCGGCAAUGCUCUCAUCGAAGCUAAGGCGCCCCUCGUCAUCACAGGAUACCUGGGGCGGAACCACCAAGCUGUGAAGAAUCUGGUGGCCCUGGCCGAUCUGGUCAAAGGGAUCAGGGUGUUUGACUCGGAGAUCCGUGAAGUGUGCUUUCCAGCCGAUCAUCCUGCCUGGGUGACGCGUGGAACAGGGGCGGCCAAGGCGGUGCAGAAUGCCGAUGUCAUUCUCGUCCUGGACUCGGACGUGCCAUGGAUCCCGACCAGAGUCCGGCCGUCGCCAGCUGCCCAGAUCUUCCAUAUCGACCUCGAUCCCCGGAAGGAAAAGAUGAACCUGUUCGACAUUGGUGCUACCGCCACCUUCUUGGCGGACAGUGCCUCCGCAUUGUCGCAGCUUCACCACUUCAUCUCCCAGUCGGAGAUAUUCCUCUCCAGGAAGGAUAUCUUCGACGCGCGAUGGGAGUCCCUGAAACAGUCCUUCGCCGAAGGCAGACAGCUCGUCCUGAACCGAGCGCUGAAAAUCCUGGAGACACCGGAUGCGCCUUCGAGUGUCGAUUUUCUCUGUCACACGAUCCGUUCGGUGGUGCCCUCAAACACCAUCUUCGUUACCGACUCAGUCACCAACCAGGUUGCCGUCAGCGAGCAGCUCCAGUUCACUCGCCCGGGAUCCCACCUCACCAAAGGUGGCAGCGGUCUGGGCUGGGCUGGGGGAGCUGCAAUUGGCGUCAAGCUUGCCACGGCACUGUACGACGUGACAGACCGGCCUAAUAUUCGCCGUAAAUCUGCAGACAAUGACGAUAGUCCCUUCGUCUGCAUGAUCACCGGCGACGGCAGCUUUGUCUUCUCAGUGCCGACGGCUGUCUACUGGGCCAGCCACCGACACGGCUGCCCCUUCCUGACGGUCAUUCUCAACAACGGCGGAUGGCGGGCCACGCGGCAGUGCAUCGUCGACGUCCAUCCGCAGGGCAUUGCUCACGCAACGUCGAACGAAGACCUGGGCAUCUCCCUCGAAGCGGACGGGCCCAACUACGGCGAAGUCGCCAAGGCGGCAGCGAACGGGCACCUGUGGACCACGCGAGUAACGCGCGCGGCAGAUCUCGAGGGAGCGCUGACGGAGGGCAAACGGGUCGUCCUGGAAGAGAAGAUCUCCGCCGUGUCAGCACGCUCGGCUGUUAGGGCACGGCGGAGCCACACAAAGGCCGAGCAAAGUGCGCUUAGGGCUUGCCCUGUUCGCUCUUUCGUCGCCGUCCGUCCCCUCCGUGAAAAUAAUCGUUAUCCCAGCCGGCAAGAGUCCAACGACAUCGCUCCAGCCCUUCCAACCCUUCCUCCUCCCUUGUCCGUCUCAAGGUUCCCUGAUUGUUCCCCGACCUUGAUCAUGGCUGAGCAGCUGAUCCUCCGUGGCGUCCUCGAGGGCCACAAUGGCUGGGUUACCAGCUUGGCUACCUCGCUUGAGAACCCCAACAUGCUGCUCUCGGGCAGUCGCGACAAGACCCUGAUCAUCUGGAACCUCACCCGUGACGAGCAGGCCUACGGUUACCCGAAGCGAAGCCUCGUCGGCCACUCCCACAUCGUCUCCGACUGUGUCAUCUCGUCCGACGGUGCCUAUGCGCUGUCUGCCUCCUGGGACAAGACGCUGCGUUUGUGGGAGCUCUCGACCGGAACGACCACCCGGACCUUCGUCGGCCACACCAGCGACGUGCUGUCCGUCUCUUUCUCCGCCGACAACCGCCAGAUCGUCUCUAGCUCUCGUGACCGAACGAUCAAGCUGUGGAACACCCUGGGCGACUGCAAGUACACCAUCACCGACAAGGGCCACACCGACUGGGUGUCGUGCGUGCGAUUCAGCCCCAACCCUCAGAACCCCGUUAUCGUGUCCGCUGGUUGGGACAAGCUCGUGAAGGUCUGGGAGCUCGCGUCCUGCCGCCUGCAGACCGACCACAUCGGCCACACUGGCUACAUCAACGCCGUCACCAUCUCUCCCGAUGGUUCUCUCUGCGCCUCCGGUGGUAAGGACGGUACCACCAUGCUCUGGGACCUCAACGAGUCCAAGCACCUGUACUCCCUCCAGGCCGGUGACGAGAUCCACGCGCUCGUCUUCUCUCCCAACCGGUACUGGCUGUGCGCUGCCACCAGCAGCAGCAUCACCAUCUUCGACCUCGAGAAGAAGAGCAAGGUGGACGAGCUCAAGCCGGAGUACGUUGAGAAGGGCAAGAAGAGCCGGGAGCCCGAGUGUGUCAGCUUGGCCUGGAGUGCGGACGGCCAGACUCUGUUUGCUGGUUACACUGACAACAAGAUUCGCGCUUGGGGUGUGAUGUCGCGGGCAUAA